AUGGAUAAGAGGGUGUGGCAUGGUCCUAUAGAAUCCUGCCAGAACUUCUAUAAAGACUUCACGUUACAGAUCGAUAUGGCCUUCAACGUCUUCUUCCUCCUAUACUUCGGCCUGCGGUUCAUCGCUGCAAACGACAAGCUGUGGUUUUGGCUCGAGGUCAACUCCGUGGUGGACUUCUUCACCGUUCCUCCUGUCUUCGUCUCGGUCUACCUGAACAGAAGCUGGCUUGGUUUGCGGUUUCUGAGGGCGCUGCGGUUGAUACAGUUCUCCGAAAUCUUACAGUUUUUGAAUAUCUUGAAAACGAGCAAUUCCAUCAAGCUUGUGAACCUGUGUUCAAUCUUCAUAAGCACAUGGCUCACAGCAGCUGGAUUCAUCCACUUGGUGGAGAACUCGGGGGAUCCAUGGGAAAAUUUUCAAAACUCCCAGUCCCUCUCGUACUGGGAAUGUGUGUACCUGCUGAUGGUGACCAUGUCCACUGUGGGCUACGGCGAUGUCUAUGCAAAGACCACACUGGGACGCCUCUUCAUGGUCUUCUUCAUCCUGGGCGGUUUGGCCAUGUUUGCCAGCUACGUCCCUGAAAUCAUAGAGUUAAUAGGAAACCGCAAGAAAUAUGGUGGUUCCUAUAGUGCGGCCAUGUUUGCUCGCUACGUGCCAGAAAUUGCUGCUCUCAUCCUUAAUCGGAAGAAAUACGGAGGGAGUUAUAACUCGACACGAGGCAGAAAGCACAUAGUGGUCUGUGGUCAUAUCACCCUCGAAAGUGUCUCCAACUUCCUCAAAGACUUCCUACACAAGGACAGGGAUGAUGUCAAUGUAGAAAUUGUUUUUCUCCAUAAUAUUUCCCCUAAUCUUGAGCUGGAAGCCUUGUUCAAGCGCCAUUUUACUCAAGUGGAGUUCUACCAGGGAUCCGUCUUGAACCCCCACGAUCUGGCCCGAGUCAAGAUCGAGUCUGCGGACGCUUGUUUGAUCCUGGCGAACAAAUACUGCGCUGACCCCGACGCUGAAGAUGCCUCCAACAUCAUGAGAGUCAUCUCCAUCAAGAACUACCACCCUAAAAUCAGAAUUAUUACACAGAUGCUUCAGUAUCACAAUAAGGCCCAUCUGCUGAACAUUCCAAGCUGGAACUGGAAGGAGGGUGACGAUGCUAUCUGCCUGGCGGAGCUCAAAGCUGGCUUCAUCGCCCAGAGCUGCCUGGCCCAGGGCCUGUCUACGAUGCUGGCCAACCUCUUCUCCAUGCGCUCCUUCAUCGAGAUCGAGGAGGACACGUGGCAGAAAUACUACCUUGAAGGAGUGGCUAAUGAGAUGUACACAGAGUAUCUGUCCAGUGCCUUUGUAGGGCUCUCCUUCCCUACUAUUUGUGAGCUGUGCUAUGUGAAGCUGAAACUCUUACUUAUCGCUAUUGAGUACAAGUCCGAGCAGAGAGAGAGCAGUAUCCUCAUAAACCCGGGGAACCACGUGAAGAUGCAGGAGGGAACGCUCGGGUUCUUUAUCGCCAGUGACGCCAAAGAAGUCAAACGAGCUUUUUUUUACUGCAAAGCUUGUCACGACGACAUCACUGACCCAAAAAGGAUCAAGAAAUGCGGCUGCAAGCGACUGAUAUAUUUGAACGACUCAAAUGUACAGUUCCUGGACCAGGAUGACGAUGACGACCCCGACACAGAGCUGUACCUCACUCAGCCCUUCGCCUGCGGCACGGCCUUCGCUGUCAGUGUGCUGGACUCCCUGAUGAGCGCCACCUACUUCAACGACAACAUCCUGACACUGAUCCGGACCCUGGUCACAGGCGGGGCCACCCCAGAGCUGGAGGGGCUGCUGGCCGAGGAGAACGCCCUGAGAGGAGGCUACAGCACGCCGCAGACACUGGCUAACAGAGACAGGUGUCGUGUGGCCCAGCUCGCCCUCUACGACGGCCCGUUCGCAGACUUGGGGGACGGUGGUUGUUACGGAGAUCUCUUCUGCAAAGCGCUGAAGACCUACAACAUGCUGUGUUUCGGCAUUUACCGGCUACGAGACGCCCACAUCGGCACGCCCACGCAGUGCACAAAACGAUAUGUGAUCACCAACCCCCCGUACGAGUUCGAGCUGGUGCCCACAGACCUGAUCUUCUGCCUCAUGCAGUUUGACCACAACGCAGGCCAGUCGCGGACCAGCUUCUCCCACUCCUCCCACUCCUCCCAUUCCUCCAGCAAAAAGAGCUCGUCUGUCCACUCCAUCCCUCCGUCCAACCGGCAGAACCGCAGCAGCAAGAGCAGAGAGUCCCGCGACAAGCAGAAAAAAGAAAUGGUUUACAGAUGA